GCACCGCAUCCCCGGCGGGCGGGCGGGCGGCGGCCGAGCACCCUGGCCGGCGGGGCCCGCGGCGCGCCCCGCGCCCCAUGGAUAUAGCAACAGGUCCCGAGGCGCUGGAGAGGUGCUUCCCCCGCGCCCAGACGGACUGCGCCAAGAUGCUGGACGGCAUCAAGAUGGAGGAGCACGCCCUGCGCCCCGGGCCCGCCACGCUCGGGGUGCUGCUGGGCUCCGACUGCCCGCAUCCCGCGGUGUGCGAGGGCUGCCAGCGACCCAUCUCCGACCGCUUCCUGAUGCGAGUCAACGAGUCCUCCUGGCACGAGGAGUGUUUGCAGUGCGCGGCGUGUCAGCAAGCCCUCACCACCAGCUGCUACUUCCGGGAUCGGAAACUCUACUGCAAACAAGACUACCAACAGCUGUUCGCGGCCAAGUGCAGUGGCUGCAUGGAGAAGAUCGCGCCCACCGAGUUCGUGAUGCGGGCGCUGGAGUGCGUGUACCACCUGGGCUGCUUCUGCUGCUGCGUGUGCGAGCGGCAGCUGCGCAAGGGUGACGAGUUCGUGCUCAAGGAGGGCCAGCUGCUGUGCAAGGGCGACUACGAGAAGGAGAAGGACCUGCUCAGCUCCGUCAGCCCCGACGAGUCCGACUCGGUAAAGAGCGAGGAUGAGGACGGGGACAUGAAGCCGGCCAAGGGGCAGGGAGGCCAGAGCAAGGGCAGCGGGGACGACGGGAAGGACCCCCGGAGGCCCAAGCGACCCCGGACAAUCCUCACCACGCAGCAGCGAAGAGCGUUCAAGGCCUCUUUCGAAGUCUCCUCCAAGCCCUGCCGGAAGGUCCGAGAGACGCUGGCAGCGGAAACGGGGCUCAGCGUGCGUGUGGUCCAGGUCUGGUUCCAGAACCAAAGAGCGAAGAUGAAGAAGUUGGCGCGAAGGCACCAGCAGCAGCAGGAGCAGCAGAACUCCCAGCGGCUGGGCCAAGAGGUGCUGUCCAGCCGGAUGGAGGGUAUGAUGGCCUCGUACACGCCGCUGGCGCCCCCGCAGCAGCAGAUCGUGGCCAUGGAGCAGAGCCCAUAUGGCAGCAGCGACCCUUUCCAGCAGGGCCUCACGCCACCCCAAAUGCCAGGUGACCACAUGAACCCCUAUGGGAGCGACUCCAUCUUCCACGACAUCGACAGCGACACCUCCCUCACCAGCCUCAGCGACUGUUUCCUGGGCUCCUCGGACGUGGGCUCCCUGCAGGCCCGCGUGGGGAACCCCAUCGACCGGCUCUACUCCAUGCAGAGUUCCUACUUCGCCUCCUGAGGGCCGGCCGGGCCGCUUGGACGCUGGGA